UUAAUUGUGUUCAAUACGCUUACGUGCGGCACGAAGCCCGAGGAAACGUUCUUAGAGCGUCUAGUGUUUUUAUUAUCGAUUAGCUGAUGAGAUGAAUCGAGGUUGAAAAAUACGUCAUGGUCUCAAUUAAUUUUACAUAGACACAACACUGAUUUUAUAGACAAUAGGCUUGUCUUCCAUGCGUAAUAAGCAGCGAAAGGCGAACACGACUCAAGACUGUACUGAGAAAAAUGCGAUAGACAAAUUACUCUUCCUAAAAUAAUUUCAGGAUAAAAAUGAAAUAUAACGACUGCCUUCAGGGUAAAGGAAGGCGCAUUAAGCAGACUUACUGUUGAAUUGCUGUUUUUCUCAAGACGCAGUUAAUUGUAAACAUUUAUGUGGCUCGAAAAUGUUCGUGUUCAACAUUUCAAUAAAUUAGGAAGUGCUCAAGGGGCCUCGUCAUUUUGUUUUCUGACUUUGUCGCGAGUGUUGGCGGAGCGUAAGUUUUUCAGCGCAGUUUUCAAGAAUCGAAGAAAUCCACGAUGAAGUUCUUUCCACUCGAUUCAACCACUUCGUUGCUGACAAUUCUAUGUCUGGUUGCAUUACUCAGCCCGUCAGCAUUUUCAGCGGACUCUAACAAGGCGCAGGAGAAGGUGAUUUAUCAUCAAACGAUGACUCCAACCUGGCUGGAGGAGCAUGCGUCCUAUAUUGACAGUUCCUAUACGAAAACCACUGAACAGCUAACAUUCAACGCAGGCUCAGUAGCUAACGCCGCUCUCCUUAAAGUUCCCAUGAUUCCUGCUGGUGUCUUGCAAUAUUCUGCCCCGCUGACCGUUAAAAUUGUGGUUUCGCAUGACGUUAGUAUCGGGACAACACAGGACAGUGAUAUUUCAUAUGGUGGGUCAGACGGGAUAAGUGUUGUCGGGAUUACUAUGAGAAAUAAAGCUGAUCACCGCUACAACAGCCCGUGUCAUGGGUUCGAGAGUACCUCUGGUACGUCUUUGAGUAGAAGUGGAUGGAUCAACGCUUCCAAACCCAAGGUAAGCGACUCAUUCUACCCUGGUCAGUUUGUGAUCACUCUGAAGCUGGAUGAACGCUGGGGCUCGUGCUACACUGCGCAUGACGGAGGCUUCGUUAAGACCACUACCUUCACAAAGCGACUGAUGCUCAACAAAGGACUCACGCUCGAAGUAUAUAAGAAUGACGCACACGAGAAAACUGGAAUCAAGUCCAUCGAAGUCACUAUCCUACAAGACGCUUAGCCUGAAAAAGGAACUUGCCUGCGAAUCAGGUAUACAAGGUCUCGGCAAUCAAGUAUUUGGCGUGCGCUCGGUUAAGGGUUAAAUGACGGAGAGAUAAUAGACUUAAGCGUUAACAGUAACAAGACUUUGAAUUCACAGUAUCAGUGUAGGCGUAAAAUUAAGGAUAUCAGUAAGGGGAAUUUGUUUUUACUGUUUCUUUUAGCAAAAUGUGAUCAACAGUGAUGGAAUUCUUUGGGUAAUCCGCUUUGCUUGGGCGAAUUAAAAAAAAAA